ACAUUUUUAUUGGGGAGCACUAAUUUGAGGCUUUUUGUAAAGCUGCUUAAAAUGGAGGAUUGGAAGUCUUUGUUGCAUCUUCCACUUGAAGUUCUGGACUUUAUAUUCAAGCAACUUUCCCCGUCACAUAAACUUAUGUUGGCCGACUCACAUCCGAUUUUGGGCGAUGCAUUCCUCUACCAUGUUGGAGACACAUUCAAGAAACUUACCCUCAGACAACUGCCAAUGGAAGAACUAGUCACCUUGCGAUUGAGCGGACCUGGUACGUUUAAAAUUGAUACCGGAAAGUAUAGCGUAGACCACAUGGUUCUGUCUUGGGAGGAUGUUUUAAUCAUUUUGCGGUUGCUCGGCUCCAGUCUGCUUGAAAUUGACGCAGGCGAAUAUGGUGUUAAGAAUAUGCAUCUUAUUUUUAAAUCAAUCCAAAGGCACUGCAACAAUCUAGUGUCCAUUAAAACGCCUCUUAAUAAGGAAAACGUCAACGCCUUUUGCUCUUUGCUGCUUAAAUUGGAGAAUCUUAACGCCGUAGGAUUGUCAUUUUACCACAAGCUUGAUGACUUUGACCCAGAGUAUACCAUCCAUGUCCUGCAUCAACUACCAAAUUUAAGAAAAUUAAAGAUUGGAAGGAUACCCGACAUACAAAUCGAUCUUGUUCAGCAACUAGUUUAUUUGGAAGACUUGGAUCUGUGUGGACGUUAUGUGACUUGGUCGAAUAUCAAUAUCUUUGAAGUUUGUGCGCCAUUGAAGAAACUACGUUCCCUCAGGGUGUGCGAAUGCAAUGUAAAUGGGCCAUAUCACAAUGAUGGUUUGUCAUAUCAGGAUUUAGAAAAGCUUGGAGUGGCUUCUUGCGAAAUUGAUCAUCCAUUUCCGUUCUUUCCAAAGUUAAAAUUUAUUGACAUAAGAAACUCUUGCGGGCCGCUCUUUGAAGAUCUUGAAAGAACACUGCUCCAACAUGGAAACACCUUGGAAAAAGUUGUAUUAUUAGUCGAAUACUUUAGUGGGAGCUCGAUGCUUCGAUUGAUAAAAAAUUGCAGGAAAUUGAGAUUCCUUUAUGUGCACCCCAUGGCUUUUGACCCAAUUUCGAAAGCAAGCAUGGUAUCAUUUAUAAGUAUUUUGAAGGAGAACGGGGUCACCCCGCAGAACCCAUUUAAACUGAUGGUGCUGGUAAACUCAAGACACAUUGGGCCCGAAAAAGUGUUUGAGGAAGAACCAAUCUCGGAGCUUCUACUGUGUUGGAGUGAUAAGCAAUGGUAUUGUAACUCUUAUUUACCUUUAUUCUUUUGGAAUGCGUUAAAGACGCCUUUUAAAGACCAACUUUGGGAGUGAAUACAAGUUGAUCCAGCCAAUGGUUUUAUAUCCUCUUAGAUAUAAUAAGGAUGCUUAUAACCAUGGGUAAUUAAAGGAUAAUUUUCACUUGUUAUAAAAAAGUAUAAAGUAUAAUAAUAUCUAUUUAGUGCGAUUUGAUACCCUCAAUGUUCUAAAAAUAAAAU